GUUUAGUGUACAAAUUCCAAAUAACUUUAACUAACAUUACUUAUCAAACUGUUAAAUGAUAAAUCAACCUCGUUCCAUUUCGGAAACCAAUACAUCUCACCCUGAAUGCAGGUCUCAGAGUAUGAAGGGAGAAAAAGUUUAGCCAGCUCCAAUCCCAUCCAAUGACAACAGGCCAAAAAAUCCACAAGCCACAAGAAGACAAGAAUAAUUUACAAAAAUGAAGAAAAAUGAAAGAGGAGUUGUUCAGAUCCCAUGGCAGCAAACAUCAGGUGGGGGAGGCAUAUACAGGUAUUUCACACGCACUUCCACAUCUGUCUCCUUAGGAUUUUUUUUCACAACAAUCGAACGAUUCAAUCCGAAAACGCCCUUAUGCGGGUUUCCAGCAUUUAUCCUCAACACCCACCUUCAACUUGUUCUGUUUCAAGCAAAGAAAAUUCAGGUCAAAAUCGUGAACUAUUUAAUAGAGUUUUCGAGACAUUAAAACAAGGGCAUUGGGGUACCAUUGAAGAAUUAAUCCAAGAGUUGACCGCAUUUCAGCUAGUUCAGAUCAUGAAAUUGCUACAAAAUCCAACUCUAGCCUUCAGACUUUUCAAACUGAGGUCGUCGCAGCAAAAUUCUGGGCAUUGUUUUAUUUCAUUCUGUUGCAAGGUUGCUCACAUUCUUGCGAAGGAAAAUAUGUGGGGUCUUGCACAAGAUGUGCUUUGUUAUUUGGUGCAGAGAAACUUAGGAGUUUUGGUGAUUUUUGAGACCUUGUGGAAUAGAUUCAGUGGUGGGUAUUUUUAUUCCCAUCCUGCAGUUUUUGAUUUCCUCUUCAGGGCCCUUGUUAGAACCAAAAUGCUUCGCGAUGCAGUGAAUAUAUUUUAUAGAAUGAAGAGUUUGGGUUUAAGGCCUUGUAUUCAUUCGUUUAAUAUUUUUUUAAACGUUUUGAUUCAACAGAACAGGGCACAUAUAGCUGUGGAAGCAUUGGCAGUUUUGAUAGUCAAUAACAUUGAGCCCAAUGUGAGGACUUUUAAUACAAUCAUUAAUGCUUCUUGUAAGAUAGGAGAGUUUCAGAAAGGGACCGAGUUCAUGCAGGAGAUGGAUAAGUAUGGGUGUGAGCCCAAUGUAUACACUUACAACACACUUAUCAAUGCGUAUUGCAAAGAGGGAAGGUUUCAAGAAGCGUGGAAGCUCUUGUGGAUCAUGAUGGACAGGGGUUGUGGCCCUGAUAUCACUACUUACAAUACUCUUAUUGACGGAGCUUGUAAGGUGGGGAAUUUGGACACGGCAUGCAGGCUUUUGAAUGAAAUGUUGGAAAAGGAUAUCAUUCCUGAUAGGAUAACCUAUAAUACCAUCAUCUCUGGGCAUUGCAAGGCUGGACACACAGAGCAGGUGAACCUUCUCUUGAACGAGAUGCUCCAGAAGGGUUUAGUUCCCAACGAUUUCACAUUUAACACAAUCAUUGCUUGCUACUACAAGUUUGGCAGAGAAAAGGAGGGAAAUAGAAUAUUAGAUUACAUGAUUGAAAGGAACAUACCUCCUGAUAUAUGCACUUACAAUGUGCUCAUUGCAGGGCAUUGUAGAGCUGGACGGAUAGAAGAAGCAAGCAGGCUCUUAAAUCAACUAAUUCGAAAUGGUCUUGCUCCAAACAACUUCACUUAUAAUACAAUUAUUGCUGGCCACUGCAUGGUUGCCGGUACAAGUGUUGCAUUCAAACUGUUCAAUGAUAUGGUAAAGAGUGGCCUUUUGCCUGAUGUGAUUACUUAUACUACACUUAUAAUGGGGUUAUGCAAGGAAGGUAGUAUGCAGAAGGCACGUUUGCUUUUGAGUGAAAUGCUUGUUGAAGGUUUGGUUCCUGACAAAAUCAUAUAUACCGUUCUGAUUGAUGGGCAUUUCAAGAAUGGUGAUAUACAGCGAGCUUUCAAGCUGUGGGCAGAAAUGGGCAAAAAGGCAAUUUUUCCUGAUAUUAUUACUUACACUGCUUUCAUAAAUGGGCUUUGCAAGAUAAGCUACAUAGAGGAGGCACAUAAAUUCUUUACGGAAAUGGUAAAACAACACAUUUUUCCAAACAAUUUCACUUAUAACUCAUUGAUAGAUGGACAUUGCAAGGAAGGCAAUUUAUCCUCAGCUUUUGGGCUUGAAAAGGAAAUGGUUGAAAAUGGGCUUGUGCCUAAUGUUGUUAUUUUUAAUACUCUCAUUAAUGGACUCUGUAAGCAAGAAAUGAUAAGUACAGCAAAUCGGCUCUGCACUCUCAUGCCGAGCAAUGGCAUGUCCCCUGAUGUUUUUACCUACAAUAUUUUAAUUAAUGCAUACUGUAAGGCAGCUAAUAUGAAGCAGGUUCUGGAGAUCAUGGACAUGAUGUCAUGCAGUGGGUGUGCUCCUGAUGUUAUUACCUACAAUACUUGGAUAAAUGGUCUUUGCAUUACAAAUAAGACUCAUCUAGCUUUUAAUCUCCUUGAGAGCCUUGUUGCUACAGGAUUUUCUCCAGACAUAUUCACUUUCAAUACAAUUUUGGAUGGUCUCUGCAAUGAAUUGCUUGGUCAGGCUGUUAUAUUGUUAGAUAAACUUUUUAAAAUGGGUUUUAUCCCUGAUACCGUAUCCUAUAAUACACUGCUUAGUCAUUUUUGUAGCCUUGGCAUGGUUGAUCAGGCUAUGAUGUGGUUGGGUAAACUUAUGAAAACAUUUUUUAUUCCCAAUGCUAUUACAUAUGAGAUAUUGAACAAUGUUCAUUUUGAUGGGAAAAAGUCUGCCAAUAUUCCAAAAAAAGUCACUAGAGAAGGAUAUCUUUUGCAUUGUGUAAUGCAGUUAAUGAUUAACAAGUCACACAGGCAAGAAGGUACUCAGAUGCCAAGUGUAACACUUAAUGAUAAUCUGGAUGGUGUAAUUAGCUUAACUGACAUUUAUUCUAAGGUUGUACAAGACAAAGACGACGUGCUUUUCUGAGUCUGGUGGGCAUCAAGGUGUUUUAAAGAGUGACAAUUAGGAUGCUUUCACUUGUGACAGGCUGAUGGUAAGCUCUAGAGGUGGUCACUUUUGCAAAGGAAAGUCAGAGGCAGAUAAACUCUUCAAUAGUUGGUCGACUAUAAACUGGAAAUAUGAGAGAGCCACAUGAAUCAGUUAAAAUCAAUGAUCAAACUUGUCCUCCGCUUACGUAUUUCAGAUACAAAUAUCAGCUUGAAGAGAUGACGAUAACUUUGCAUGGUGCCAAAAUAAUGGGAUUGGGGUCACUUUUUGAUGCACAAACUUGCUUGGAAGACCCCUCUCCUCCAUAGAAAUUAACAGAAAGGUUCACGAUUUGCAAAAAGGAGUUCUAGUUGGAUUUUGCUGAAUAAUAUGCUUACAAACCAAGACACUGCUCCGCCAUCCAGGAAAGCUUGCAAGAUGAAUUCCUGGAAUUUGCUGUCACUUGGCAUCAAGUUCCAUGAACAGUGAUGGUGGUGUAAAAGGUCUUUACUAGGAAGAGAUCCACAAUGACUUAUCAAGAUGCAAUACAAGGAGGACCAAACAUCGUGGAUGAGAAUCUCUCUCCAAAAGCUCUCUUUUUGUUGCAGAAGAUUUUUUUCCAGCCUUAAUGAGUAAUGAGGUCAAGUGGAGAGUUUAUAAAGUCACCAGCCUUCUUCAUCAGCAGUCUGAACUUUGAAGCCCUCUUGUCGCUAGCAAAAGGAGCACUACCAAAUUGAUUGUGUGGAGUACAUGUUUCAGUACAACAUCAACCUGUCCAACAGAACUGAAGACAUGGAGAAUAUCUUGACCUCUUAGCAUCAAAAGAGGCCACUCCAAGAACUUCAGAAUGUUGAUUUAGAAAAGGCACAAAUGGCUAGUGCUUCUGGUGAGAAUAGUUAUCUUCCAUAUCACUUAUGAAAAACUUUGUUCAAACACACUCCAUAGAGUUCCAACACAGGAUGGAAAAUUGAAUAACGUAGCAAUGCUGCAAACAAGUCCCUGCUAAUUAAUUUGGGAUUUUUUUUGUUCA